AUAUAUUAUAUAUAAAAACACUAUUUUGAUAUCCUUCUAUUUUCCUUUGGUAUAUACACACAUUGACCAUAUUAACCAAGUGGUCUAUUGGUAACCGGGUCCCCAAUAAAAUCCUUCACAAGUCGGAGUGUGAGUAGUGAUUGUGUAUGGGUGGUCCCAGCACCAUGUAUACGUGGACCCCACUCUCACUUGUUUCGACAAGACUUGUACACGCCCGUUGUUUUCUUAGCGGCUAGACAGCCCACCUUGGCAAAAAAAUAAAUAAAUAAAUAAAUAAAUAAGUGCCCAAAGUCUUUUGUAUGUGUUCACUAGAGAGAAUUAAAGAAGGAGAAUUAAGAAGACAUGGAGGAAAUGAGAGAAGUUGGAAAUGAUUCUCAACUUAAAGAGCACAAAGAUGUACAAGAAGUAAACAUCAUCAUCAACAACAACAACAACAACAACAACAACAACAACAAGAUGAUGAUCAAGAAAAGUAUACCUGAAUGGAAAGAUCAGUUAACUCUCAGAGGUUUCAUGGCUAGCUUAAUCAUUGGAGCUUUGUAUAGCAUCAUUUGUAUGAAACUCAACCUUACAACCGGCCUCGUGCCGACACUGAACGUCUCCGCCGCACUUCUCGCCUUUAUAUUUAUCCGAACAUGGACUAAACUUCUUCACAGGGUUGGUGCAUUGGCUACUCCUUUCACUCCUCAGGAGAAUACAGUGGUCCAAACUUGUGCUGUUGCAUGUUAUAGCAUUGCUUUGGGUGGUGGAUUUGGAUCUUAUUUGUUGGGAUUGAACAAGAAGACUUAUGAAUUGGCAGGGGUUGAUAUGGAGGGGAAUACAGCAAAGAGUUAUAAGGAGCCUGGGAUUGGUUGGAUGACUGCUUAUCUUUUCACUGUUUGUUUUGUUGGUCUCUUGUCUUUGGUUCCUCUUAGAAAGAUAAUGAUAAUAGACUACAAACUAACAUAUCCAAGUGGAACAGCUACUGCUAUUCUUAUCAAUGGCUUUCACACUGCUCAAGGAGAUGCAAUGGCUAAGAAACAAAUCAAAGGCUUUGCAAAGUGCUUUAUAAUGAGUUUCCUGUGGGGCUUCUUCCAAUGGUUCUACUCUGGAGGAGAACAGUGUGGCUUCUCCCAGUUCCCUACUUUUGGUUUAAGAGCUUGGAAACAAACGUUCUUCUUUGAUUUUGAUCCCACAUAUGUUGGGGCAGGGAUGAUAUGUUCUCAUCUUGUGAAUAUGUCUGUUCUUCUUGGAGCUGUGCUUUCAUGGGGCAUUAUGUGGCCAUUGAUAGAACAAGAGAAAGGUAACUGGUACUCUGCUAACUUACCAGAGAACAAUAUGAGAAGCUUGCAAGGUUAUAAGGUGUUCAUCCCCAUUACUCUCAUACUUGGAGAUGGACUAUAUAAUUUUGUUAAAGUGCUUGUUUGCACUGCCAAAAACAUACAUGAGAGAUCGAAGAUGAAAAGCGAUAAAACCGACGAUGAUGAUCCUGAAAGAAAUGAAGUGUUUUUAAGAGACAAAAUUCCGACAUGGAUAGCUUGUUCAGGCUAUGUUUUCUUAGCAACAAUAUGUGUAAUCACACUACCUCAAAUAUUUCCAGAACUCAAGUGGUACCACAUAAUUGCUGCAUACAUCAUGGGACCAGUGCUUGCCUUCUCCAAUGCAUAUGGAGCAGGACUCACAGACAUGAACAUGGCAUACAAUUACGGCAAAGUUUCGUUAUUCAUCUUUGCGGCAUGGGCCGGGAAGGACUCCGGCGUGGUGGCAGGGCUUGUCGGUUGUGGAGUAAUUAAGUCAAUGGCAUCCAUCUCUGCUGAUCUUAUGCAUGAUCUAAAAACAGGGCAUCUAACACUAACUUCUCCGAGAUCUAUGCUCAUUAGCCAGGCAAUCGGAACAGCUAUGGGAUGUGUGAUUGCACCCUUAUCCUUCUUUCUGUUCUACAAGGCCUUCGAUGUCGGGAAUCCUAAUGGAACUUUUAAAGCUCCGUUUGCUUUGAUCUAUAGAAACUUGGCUAUUGUGGGAGUUGAGGGGUUCGCAGCAUUGCCUGGACAUUGCUUGCAGCUUUGCUAUGGUUUCUUUGGGUUUGCAGUGGUGGCUAACUUAGUGAGGGACUUUUCUCCAAGAAGGUAUGGGAAGUGGGUGCCCUUGCCAAUGGCCAUGGCUGUCCCAUUCUUAGUAGGUGCAAGCUUUGCUAUAGAUAUGAGCAUUGGGAGUGCUAUUGUGUUUGUUUGGAAUAAGGUGAAUAAGAAGAAGGCUAAUGUGAUGGUACCUGCUGUGGCUUCUGGAUUGAUUUGCGGAAAUGGGCUAUGGAUCCUUCCCUCGUCGUUGCUCGCCCUUGCUAAGGUUAAACCUCCGAUCUGCAUGAACUUUGUGCCGUCUUAGCAUGCACGCGUAAUUUAUGGAUUGAUGUU